CGCAGAAACCGGAAGUGAGCAGGUGAAAUGGCGCAGAAGUUCCCACCGUCUCCUAAAAGAGUUUUCCUGAACCACAUCGACUCGUUCUCGUCCAGGAACAUCGCGGAGUUCCUGUGUGAGUGUGUGAUCGGAGGUCCUGCCGAGGAUGUGGAGCCGGAUGAAGAGGAGGAAGAGAGUGGGGGGUCACACAGUGCUGCCUUCCAGGUGGUCGGAACCGUUUCUGACGGAUCCAGGGAGAACAAGACGCGCGUGCACGAGGAGUACCUUAAUCUGGACAGAAAGGAGCUCCUGUCCAAGCUGAUGAGGUGUGACGUAAUCAUCUAUGACGUCACGCAGCACGCGGACCAGCUGGAGGAAGCUACCUGGGCUGUCGGAGCUCUCCACAAUCAGAUCCGCCAUGUUUCUGGACCGAAGCUUUUCAUCCUCGUCUCCACGGUGAUGACCUGGGCCCGCAGCAAACCGCUGGAUCCCGAUGAUCCGAAGUUUCAGUUCACUGAUGAGAUUUUCUGGGGCAGAAGAUCUCAUCCAAACUUCACCCGGCACAUAGAUCUGGAGAAGUUGGUGGUCAAACUGGGGAAAACGGACAGAGCGCUGUUCUCCACGUACGUGGUGGCAUCAGGACUGCAGUACGGGAGAGGAGAGCAGCUCUUCCACCACUUCUUCAAGGAAUCCUGGCUCGGACGUGAAAUAUCUGUGUUUGGAGACGGAAACAAUAUCAUUCCCAUGAUCCACAUCAGAGACCUGGCCAGCGUGGUCCAGAACCUGAUCCAGCAUCCACCCAAACCCUACUACCUGCUGGCUGUAGACUCCUCCAGCAACACGAUGGAGGAGGUGGUGAAGCUGGGACCAGGAAAGAUCCAGAAGAGGCCGUUUGAUGAAGCCUUCCUGAUCCGGGACAUGAGCGUGAUGGAGGUUGACUCCAUGCAGGUCGACCUUCGGAUGAAGGCUGUUUACAUUAACCAGCUGUUCUCCAUCAGCUGGCUGUGUGAGUCCGGUCUGGUGAAGAACGUGAAGCUGGUGGUGGAGGAGUACCGGCAGACCCGAGGAUUGCUGCCGCUCCGUGUGUGUGUUCUUGGUCCUCCUGCCGUGGGGAAGACCUCCAUGUCCAAACAGAUCUGUGAGCGCUACAAGCUCCAUCACCUCACGCUGAAGGACGUCGUCUCAGAGACCGUCGCUCAGCUGGAAGAGGCUGUGAAGAAUCCGAUCCAGAUGCCGAUCCAGACUCAGUAGGUAAACAGCUCAGAGCUGCUCAGCAUCCUGAAGGAAGGCAUGGACCACGAUGGAGGUUUGUUUCACUAGAAGAACCAGUUCAUGCUGAAGGUCCUGCAGGACAAGCUGAAGUCCAACCCGUGCAGAAACCAGGGUUUUGUUCUGGACGGUUUCCCUAACACGUAUGAACAAGCUAAAGAUCUCUUCUAUGCAGAAGAAGUAGAAGAAGAAGAAGAAGAAGAAGAAGGAGAUGGAGCGUCUCUGUCCAGGGGGGUGAUGCCAGAGUUCGUCUUGUCUCUGGAUGCGUCAGACUCCUUCCUGACCUAUCGAGUUAUGGAGCUGCCUGAGUGGCUGGUUCAGGAGCGCCACUAUGACCCGGAGCGCUUCCCGAGGCGACUGGCCACCUACAGAGAGGCUACUGCGGGCGAUGACACCGUCAUCAGCUUCUUCACAGAUGUGGAUGUCAAGCCUCUGCUCCUGGAAAUCAGCAGCAAUGAAGAACCCGGCUGCUCGCUGCUGAUGCAGAAGGUCUUCGACACUCUGGGCCCCCCCAGGACCUACAGCCCCAGCAGCCAGAAGGUAGAGGAGGAGGAGAGGAGGAAAGCUGAGGAGAGGAUGAGGAGAGAGGCCCAGGAGAGGACAGAGGAGGAGCAGAGGGAGGAAGAGGAGGCCCGGAGCAGGGCUGCACGCUGGGAGGAGUGGGUAAGCAGAGACCUGGUUCAGACAGGUCACCUGAAACCAGCGCGACAGCAGGAGGAGUCAGUGCAGCUGGAGGACCUGACGAUGCCCAUGAGGACCUACUUGAUGACUGUCAUGCCCACGCUGACCCGGGGUCUGAUGGAGUGUUACAGAACUCAGUCCCCAGCGGACCCGGUGGACUUCCUGGCAGAGUUCUUGGUUAAGAACAACCCCUGUGGAUAGGUCCUCAGUAGACCCCCGGCUGCUCCAGCCUUCCUUAGAUCUGUAUUAAAGUGAAGUUCUGGUGUUGGACUCAGACGUUUCUGUCAUUUAGGAUGAUGAUUGGGUCUCUGCUCUGUUUUCUGGUCCAUUCUGCUGGGUUUCUGAGGAGCCAGAAGCUCAUUAGGAAUGUUUAUUCCUGAUGAACCAAACCAAGAAACAAGAACCAGACCCAGACUAGACCCAGAUCCAGACUAGAACAGACCAGACCCAGACUAGAACAGACCAGAACCAAACCAGAACAAGACCAGACCCAGACUAGACCCAGACCCAGACUAGAACAUACCAGAACCAAACUAGACCCAGACCAGACCCAGACCCAGACUAGAACAGACCAGAACCAAACCAGAACAAGACUAGACCCAGACUAGAACAGACCAGAAACCAGACCAGACCCAGACCCAGACUAGAACAAACCAGAACCAGACCAGACCCAGAGAUGGACCUGACUCGGUUCCUGUUUUGUUCAGGACAAAGCUGACAGAAGAAAUGAUUGAAUAUGGAUUAUUUUCUAAUCUAAACCAACCUGUAGAAGCUGGGGCCUUAAACCUGGACCAACUCAGGUCCAUCUCAGAAUAAAAGACAUUCCAGAUCAGACUUGGACUUUUAGCUGUUCCGUCCACAGCAGAGUCACAGCAACAUGUGACCAUCCGCAAUGUCGAUGGGAGUUCAACCUGCAGCCUUGAACCAGCAGGUGUCAGUGUCAGAUCACCUUCAGACAGGAAGGAGUCUCCCUCACUGAUUAGGGGUUUUCCAUCCAUCAGCCUGAGCUGCUCCAUCCUGGAAGUGAAGAUGAGGAGCACAGCUUCAUCCUGCUGCAGGAGUGUUAACUCAGAGGUGGAGUUUUAAACUCCAGAGCUGAGGAUUCAGACGUUUCAUCUGCAUCUGACGGAGCAGAACUAAGACAGAAAACAGAACCCGGAAUGUGGUCCUCCUUCAUUUAAACUGAAUUCAUCACAUGUUGAAAUCAGCUGUUUCAGCUGCAUCGCCCUCUGGUGGCUGAGAGCUGGAACUGCAAGAGGAAAGUUUAUUUUAUUAUUUUAAGUUUUUCAUUAAAUAAUCUAAAAUGCA